AUGUGAACCACAGCGCACGGGUGGAAUCACUGCUAAAAGCACCUUCUGGUAAUACUAUUGAAGUCAAAGCUAAAACGAACUACCAUAACACUAAGAUCCCGGUAUAUAAUUCUAGUGUUCUUAAACAUGGAGAAGUUAAAAUUAAGGUGGUUUUAAUAUCAAAAUUAAAUCUAUUUAACAAAACCGAGAUAUUGUAUCCAUAGAGAAUACUAUGUUCUUAUAAUGGGUUGCGGUUCAUCGGGCCACGUGGUUGAACCGGAGAGAGAUGACAAAACUGGCACUGACAAUGCCAGAAAUGGCACUAACGGUCACGGCACUAAUGGCUUGAACCAUCAUAACGAUGACGUUCCCACCGUCCUGUUGCCCGAAACUCCUAUCAAACCUAAACCACCUGUGGCCUAUGAGAUACCUUUAGAGGAAUUCGACGGAGCUCGCCGUUUGAGUCCACCGCCGCAUCUUCAGAGAUUACUCCAGCAUCCGGCGCCUGACAUCAGCCUUCCAGACAUAGAAGAGAAAUUGGCUGAAGCAGAACAACGGAGAUUAAUGAUAUUGCAACAACGGGCUGCCUCCGCACAGAAAAAGACCCAGGGGAUGAUGAAAGCCUUCGAAAACGGAAACAACAGAAACCAAGAAGAUACGAAGCAAGCCUUUUGACUUCCACGGAACCAGGAAUUUGAUAGUAAUGAUAAGAUAAUUAGUUAAAAAAUAUUAAAAAAAUAUUAAAUUAAUAAUGACACCUUAGACCUUAACAGUUAUUUUACUUGGACAUUCAUAAAUAACAAUGCUACUAAUAAUUCAUAUAUUUUUUUAUGAAAAGUUUAAAGUUGUUUUUUAAUAAAAAAAAAUCAAUAUUAAUUUAUUUCUGCAUCGUCUCUUACUAUCAAAAUUAAAUCUUUGUGACACCGUUAUCUGA